GGGAUUCUUUCCUCUCUCACAUUUGCAUUGAUGCAUUAAACAUAUGUCUCUAGGUCAGGGCUGAACUUGCAGAACUUUACUGCAGGCUAUACCUGAGUGUGUUCCAGUUAUGCCAUGGCAUCAGACAGGUACUUUCUUCACCAUGGAAUUUUGUUACCAACUGUGGUUCACAAUGAGGAGAGUCUGAAAUAUGCCAAUGAUUUCAAAGUUCAGGACAGCGAUGUGUUUGCCAUUACUUACCCCAAAUCAGAAACUCACUCUUUUGAAAGUUUUAAAUACGCGGAGGAAAUUAAAGUUGAAGAUGAAGACAUUUUCACAGUGACCUACCCAAAGUCUGGCACCACAUGGAUGCAAGAGAUUGUACCUUUAGUCCUAAAUGGAGGAGACCUUACUCCAGUGCAAACUAUUCCCAACUGGGACCGGGUUCCCUGGCUGGAGGAGACACGAGCAGCCCUAGUUCUGGACCGUCUGCCCUCACCACGGGCAAUGGUCUCUCAUAUGCCCUACCAUCUCAUGCCCCCCUCCUUCUUCCCCUCCAAAGCCAAGGUAAUCUAUGUUACCCGGAACCCAAAAGAUGUCAUGGUGUCAUCAUUUCACUUCCACAAGAUGGCCAGUUUCCUGGAUGACCCUGGGACUUUUGAUGAGUUUCUAAAUAAGUUUCUCUCUGGGCAAGUGUUGUUUGGGAAGUGGACAGACCAUGUGAAAAGCUGGCGAAAUUCAGAUCUGGGAGAUAGAAUCCUAUACAUUACCUAUGAAGAAAUGGUCAAGGACCUGCGUGGAGUUCUGGAACGCCUCUCACGGUUCCUUGGUCGGGACCUAAGUGAAGAAACUCUGGAUCGUGUAGCCAACCACUGCUGUUUCAGCAACAUGAAGUUAAAUGCAAUGUCAAACUACUCCCUCGUGCCACAGGAGAUCAUGGAUAGCAGCAAGUCCACCUUCCUUAGAAAAGGGGUUGCUGGAGACUGGAAAAAUCACUUCAGUCCUGAGCAGGAUUCCAAAUUCACAGCGAUCCUAAAAGAGGAAAUGAACGGAACAAACAUAAAAUUCCCAUGGGAUGAGGAGUGAACAGGUGGAAAGCAUAAGUGUAAUGUCACUGGCCGUGCCCUGGAACCUCAGCAGUACACUAGCCGUGCCCUGGAACCUCAGCAGUACACUGGCCGUGCCCUGGAACCUCAGCAGUACACUAACCGUGCCCUGGAACCUCAGCAGUACACUGGCCGUGCCCUGGAACCUCAGCAGUACACUGACAAUACAAUAAAAAGCACCUGGGCUGGGUUUCCCAAAAGCAUCGUAGCACUAAAAUCAUAAUUGCAUUGGAACAAUUCACGAAAACCCAGCCCAGGUCAAGUUGAUCUAAAAAGUCACCACCAAAUACAAGUACAUUGUCUCGGUACUGGUACACUGUGUAUAUAACCAAGUCAUUGUUACUCAUUGUGCAUUUAUUCCUCUUGUUAUUAUUUUUCAAUAAUUUUUCUUUUUUUUGCUCUGCAUUGUUGGGAAGGGACCGUAAGUAAGCAUUUCACUAUUAGUCUACACCUGUUGUUUAUGAAGCAUGUGACAAAUAAAAUUUGAUUUGAAAUGGUCCAAAAGUCCUGCUGCCACAGGAAUGACUUGUGGUUAACUGGAUAUUUUGUAACUUUGUUAGUAUUUUGAUUGAACUCGGUGCUUGUUGGUUUAGUCAAUGACCGGCUUUCAAAUCAAAGUUUAUUGGUCGCGUAUACAGUUCUGCAGAUGUUAUCGCAGGUGCAUGUGCUGAUAACAAUGUUUAUGUUUCUAGCUCCAAUAGUGCAGUAAUAUCUAGCAAUACAAUAAUAAUACAAGAACUCAAGAACUUACGAAACAUUCUGAACUAUUCUUGUGUAGUACUUAUUUCACAUUUCUUUUCAUUUUUAUAUAAACAUCUGGUAGUUGAAUACAUUUAAAUGAGCCAUAAUCUGGUAAUAACAGACUUAUCAUAAAUAGUAAAAUACUGUAAGUUAUAUUACACAUUGUAUACAUCUGACAGUCA